GGUCGCGUGGAAGAAUCGUUCUUUACGAUGAAUGUGUUUUACUGAACCUCCGAGACCGGAGUAAAGAUGUCGGGUGGUUAGAAUUGUUCUGGGAUAAUUCUAAGCAAUCAUAGACACGUGCUUCUUGUUUUGAAAACAGUGAUAAAGUGAAAACAGUUUUAUACUUUUCUUCGGAUUUUUGAGGAUUUUUAUUACCCUGUAUGAAACUGAAAGUUCAUAAAUUUCAAAAUGACGAUGAAUUUUAUGACGGAAAAUGAUGAACUCGCGAAGUUAGUAGAUGGUGCUUAUAAAAAUAUUUUAGAGAAAUUCAACCCAUGUGCCAGACAACUUAUAUCCGCUGGUAAAGCCUAUCUAAAAGCUUUACACGGAGCGGUGGCAGCAUCUAAAGCUUACAUAGAUGCUCUGGGAAAACUAGCUAGGCAUGCUCACCAGGGCACUUGGGGCGGCUGUACAGAUAUAGGUACAGCAUUGUUGCAGUUAGUUGAUGUUCACAAGGAAAUUCAAUCCCAGCAACUUAACAUUUUGAAAGCGUUCUACGUGGAUCUAUUGGUACCCCUUGAGACAAAUAUCGAUAAGGAUACCAAAGUUGUAGCUUGUGAACAGAAGCGUUUUAUUCAGCAACACAAGUGUCUCCAGGAAUCUUACAUGAAAGCUGUGGGAGUUGUGAAAAAACAACGGAAGAAAAACAAGGGUAAAGGAACCAAUCUAGACAAAGAAAUUAAAAAUUUGCAACAGUUGGAAGAGGAGAAAAUGAAAUUAGACUGUUUUUGUGAAAGAAGCUUAAAACAGGCUAUAACACAAGAGAGGCGGCGGUACGGCUUUGUUCUGGAGCGACAGUGUUCUCUAACAAAGCAUGAUUUGCAUUAUCAUUCUCAGGGCCAAACCAUGUUGCAACACCAUUUAGAAGAAUGGGAAGAAAUUGCCAAAAGUAGAGAAUCUUUACCAGAACCUAUUGACAAAUUAUUUCCACCAACAAACACCUAUAAGAGUUGUAGCGAGUAUGCCUGUGCCAAUCUCCUUGACACGUCUAUGUUGAGUACUUCCGUCUACGAUCCUUCCCCCAAUAUCACCAACAACAACACUCUUCGUAAAGUUCGCAGCAUAGACACCAGUUGCAUGGAUCUGAGGGAUCCUCACCUGGACACAUUUCCCCGACCCCUAGUCAGAGCCAAAUCGGAUUUCAAUAUCGCUUCUUCCAAUGCUAGUCUCAUAUCAAACGAUUAUGGAGUCACCCUCCGUCCCAAGAGUCUUAUAGAUACAGAUUCUAAGAGUGGUCACUCCCGAGUGAGGGCGCUGUAUUCGUAUCUGUCGAGUGGUGAGCAUCAGCUGAGCUUCCAUGAGGGUGAUACAAUAGUUCUGAUUGGUGACAGAAACAAAGGAUGGCAGUAUGGAGAAAAUCAAAGAAAUCACAGGCGAGGCUGGUUCCCUAUUGCCUACACUGCUGUUUUAAAUGACGGUCCAAAUGUACAUCCAAUGGACAUCAGCGAGCUGGAUCUGAAGCGUCAUAGCAUGGACUUUGCAAGUCCAUACUCUACAUUUCUGGGUGUGAGUCGCAGCCGCACUACUCCCAACAUUCAGCCAUUCCAACAGAACGGCAUAGAUCAUGAUACUAGUUCCAUGUUUCCAGAUUCCAUUCUGCUUCUGCCACCUCCUCCCCCUACCUCCCACCGACCUCUCUCCACUUUCAUAGAUUCUAAUGCCAAAGAUAUGGAUUCUUCUCUGCAGCGCCUCCGGAAUAACGCCAAGCUUCUUCACCCUUCCGCGAGCCUACCCAUCCGUGGCUCCGCCGCCCCCACCCCCACCUCUCCCACAGGUCCCCCUCUGACAUCAGGUGACCCCCUGGUCAGGAUCCUGCCCAGACGUCUUCCACCCAUGUCCACCUCUCUGCAUUCCAGCAACGACAGCGGCUUUGGCAACGACGCACCCCCACCACCUACCUCCUCCACACUGCCGAGUCUUCUCUCGCCAACAUCGCCAGGAAUUUCUCCGCCAAGAGACACCAACCUCUCUCCAAGAUACGAUGAAGAGUGCAAGCCCAAAGAGAAUGUGUUUUCUUCUGUCAAACUGAGAAAAGUGAUAACCAAUGACCGCUCUGCUCCAAUGAUAAGUUAAUCUAUUCAAGAAAACAAUGUCCUGUAUUUCACUCAGUGAUGUCAACAACAACAAUUUAAUUAUUUUUCUUGAUGAAAAUGGUCUGAAUAGGACCAUUUUCUAAACAAUCUAUUUGUUCCGUGAACACUAAAAAAAGUUAUGUCUCCCAUCAGCUGGUGUUAGAAAACCAAAUUAAUUUCGACUCUAUAGAAAUUAAUGUUUAUUUGUGCCAUAAUGAAUCAGGUUUUUUUUUUAACUCAUAAUAAUUUUUUUUACAUUUAAAAUAAUACAUUUGUGAAAAAUAAUCAUUAAUAUAUUCCAAUAAAAGGCAAAAUUAUUUUUAAAUGUACGCAUAUUUAUUUUCAUUGAUGUUUACUAAUUCAAUGUAUUUUUUAACACUAUCUAACGCUUGAAAAUAUGUGCAUUUCAACUUUAAAUAAAAUACAAAUUAAUGAAAUAUAAAUAUUCAUACAUUGUCAUACAAUCGAAAAUUAACUUGAAAUGUAUGAAUAUUUAUCUUCAUUGAAAUUGACUAAUUCAAUGUAUUUUUUAACACUAUCUAACGCUUGAAAAUAUGUACAUUUCAACUUUAAAUAAAAUACAAAUUAAUGAAAUAUAAAUAUUCAUACACUUCAAGUUAAUUUUUUAUUGUAUGACAAUGUAUUAAUAUCAGCUUUCAUGAAAGCAGAUAUUAAUACAUUGUAAUAUAACUUAAAAUUGAAUUGAAAUCUAUGAAUAUUUAUAUUUUAUACAUUCAAAUUUAAUUUUGAAUUAUAUUACAAUUUAUUAAUAUCUUGCUCACAAAUGAAAAGUUUUUAAUAUUCAAAUCUAUUUAGUUUUUAAAAAACACUUUUCAUUUUGGUGCAAAUACUCAUUUUUAUUGGUGUUCAAAACAUUUUAUUUCCCAUAACUAUUUUCUUUUGCUUUAUAUUUUCUGUAUCAUAAUUUUUUUUUCUGUAUUUGAAACAAGUGUUUUCUCUGUUUACGUAAUUAUAAAAUAUUUUGCAUGCUUCCUGUAAGGAAAAAAAUGUUGAAGUUGCUUCCAGCUCUUAGAAAGUCAUAUAUAAAAACCCAACUCUUGUAGCGAUUUUUACAAAAUUAUUGCAAUCUGUAAAAAAAUUCUUUUGUCUAAUAAAAAUAACUAUUGUGAAUAAUUUUCAUAUUGAAUGAUUUGUAUAUUAUAUGUUACAUAGUAUAGUGAUUUUAUUGAAAUUUUUGAGUGAAUAAAAUAUGGAAAUUUUAAAAGAAAA